GAGAAAAGGGUAGACGAGAGAGAGAGAGAGAGAGGCCGAAGCCGCACUAGACCCAGCCCGACCGCCUUCGUCCCCGCCGCCCCAAGCAGCCCCGCUCCGUCGCGCUGCUCGAUGGCGGCGGCGCCGUACCACCAGCCGACGAGCGUGGAGGAGAUCCGGACGCUGUGGAUCGGCGACCUUCAGUAUUGGACCGACGAGAACUACCUCUACGGCUGCUUCGCCCACACCGGAGAGGUACAAUCUGUUAAAAUAAUACGCAACAAACUAACAAGCCUUCCAGAGGGUUAUGGAUUCAUAGAAUUCAUUUCGCAUGAAGCUGCUGAGAAAGUUCUGCAGACUUACAAUGGCACACAAAUGCCUGGAACAGAGCAUACCUUCAGAUUGAACUGGGCCUCUUUCAGCUCUGGUGAGAGGCGUCCUGAUGCAGGACCUGACCAUUCAAUUUUCGUAGGGGACCUGGCACCUGAUGUCACAGAUUACUUACUACAGGAGACAUUCCGGGUGAACUAUCCAUCUGUAAGAGGGGCUAAGGUUGUCACAGAUCCAAAUACUGGGAGACCUAAAGGAUAUGGAUUUGUAAAGUUCGCAGAUGAAAAUGAAAAGAACCGUGCAAUGACAGAAAUGAAUGGUGUGUACUGCUCAACAAGACCUAUGCGGAUAAGCGCUGCGAUACCUAAGAAAUCCACUGGCUCUCAGCUUCAGUAUUCAGCUGCUAAAGCGAUGUAUCCAGCAGCAGCUUAUGCAGUGCCUCAGCUUCAGGCAGUUCUACCUGAUAGUGAUCCUACAAACACUACGAUAUUUAUUGGUAAUUUGGACCCGAAUGUGACAGAAGAUGAGCUGAGGCAGAUAUGCAUUCAGUUUGGGGAGCUUAUAUAUGUAAAAAUUCCAGUUGGUAAAGGAUGUGGAUUUGUACAGUAUGCAUCUAGGGCAUCAGCUGAAGAGGCAGUACAACGUCUUCAUGGCACAAUGAUUGGCCAACAAGCAGUUUGGCUUUCAUGGGGCAGAAGUCCUGCAAGUAAACAGGAUCCAUCGGCUGCCUGGAGUCAACAAGCAGAUCCGAAUCAGUGGGCAAACACUUAUUAUGGUUAUGGGUAUGAUGCAUAUGGAUAUGCUCAGGACCCAUCAUAUGCGUAUGGUGCUUAUGCAGGAUAUAGCCAGUAUCCCCAACAGGUUGAGGGAACUGGUGACGUGACAUCUAUUGCUUGUAGUCAUCCAGGCAUGGAACAAAAAGAGGAGGCGUAUGAUCCCAUGAACAUACCUGAUGUUGACCAGUUGAAUGCUUCAUACAUGGCUGUUCAUGGUAGAGCCAUGCUAGGGCAGUCCUUGUGGUUGAAGACGAACCCGUUGCCCCAGCCGACUUGAGUCCCCAGCCUACGUUCAUCGUUGCCUUUCUCUGAAGACUGCGAUGCCGGUAGACGCAGCUGGGUUUCCUCGCCAAUGAUUUUGAUGCCCAUUCCCAGUAGCCUGUACUACGAGUAGUAAUCAAAUCAUAGCGGCCUGACUGACAGCUUCGUGUAUGUUGAGGACAUCACAUGUAUAACUAGCAUGGUCCUUUAUCUAGGCUUCUUAAUAUUAUCAAGAUAAUGUUACGAGGGAUGAAAGGCAUCUAUAUAGUUCCGUUUGUUUUCCUCA